AUGAGUAGCUGGAGAAGACGGAGGCAGGUUUCUGUAUUCAGAGCGUCUGAAUUAAGGGAAGUAGUUGUGAUCACUCUGGCACCCAUAUUCAAGAAUGAUAUCCUGAAAAAAUUCAAUCCAAACCUCUUUGGCUUCUCCACUGGCAACACUAAGGAAACAGCUGGAUUCAAUGCAGCGGAGGGAGGCGCCAAAGCACUGCUCCCUGAAAUGAGGAGUGGGAGAGCAGGAAGAUCUAAAAUGCUUCUCUCCUCUCUCUAUAGCAAUAUGCCGUCCCAAGCACGUGAAUUGGUGGAGCUAAUGAGAAGCAGCUCGAAAAUUAACUUCAAGGAGGACUGGAAGCUGAUCACUGUCUUUGUUGGAGGCAACGACCUGUGUCAGUACUGCUUGGACAAGGAAACCUAUUCAGUACAAAAGUAUAUAAAGCACCUUCAGGACACACUGGAUAUUUUCUAUAAGGAGCUCCCAAGAGUCUUUGUCAACAUGGUGGAGAUACUAGAGAUUUCUGGACUACGUCAGAUAGCAGCAAGCUCUUCAAGGUGUGCCGUAUCAGAAAUGAUUGCUUGCCCAUGUUUCUUAAUCCCUGAGGAAAACUCUUAUGAACUACAAGAAAUGAAAAGAGUUAAUAGAGAUUUUCAGGUUGAAGCCUUACAGAUGGUCAACAGUGGUCGAUAUGAACAGCGUGAGGACUUCGCAGUUGUCAUGCAACCAUUUUUCCGAAACACUUUUCUGACCCUGGAUAGCAACGGAAAGCCAGAUCUGAGUUUCUUUUCUGCAGAUUGCUUUCAUUUCAGUGAAAGAGGCUAUGCUGAGAUGGCUAUGGCUCUCUGGAAUAAUAUGCUGGAGCCAGUUGGUGAGAAGCAGAGUUUCAACAACUUUACCCAUGACAGAUCAAAACUCAAGUGUCCAACCCCAGAGAAACCCUUUCUCUUCACACUAAGAAACAGCGGAUUCAGAAAUUCAGCUCCCAUCUUCCCGGAGAAAACCGAACCUUCAGUCCCCUACUGGGCUGUCAUUGUGGCAGCAGUAGCUGGAGUCCUGGCAGGUUCUUUAUUCAUCUGGGUUGUGUCAGUAACAAGAGCCAAGAAAUGCCAACGCGAGACGGACACAGCAAUGAAUUUGAAAGUAACAUCUCUGUAA